AUGCUGUUCCGCACGAUCCAUCUAACCCUGGCGGCAAACAGAGCCAUUCAUCUUUCAACCUUCCACAAACCAAAGGUGGCAAGCGACUUUAGGAAGUCUUCCUCGGCUCAAGCUCCCGAGUCCACCAUGCGCCUACUUACUGAGAAUGUUUCCAUCGAAAAUCAACUGGAGACUCUUCGAGCGGCGGCGCAAGGACUGGAGGAGGAGAAUACGACCCUGACGGCUUCACUGGAUCGGCUGACGCACGAUCGACGUCGCUUAUCCACCGAGCACACCAGUUUGGCCGUUAAGUGUUCAGCAAUUGACAAGGUGGAAUCCCCAACUGAGCCACAAAGAACCUUUGCUAAAAUUAUGGAUAUUAAAGUUUGUAUAAGAAAUGUAGUCGCUUUAGGUCGUAUCAGAUGUGGAAAGGUGGAUGGUUAA